GUCAUGGAUAGGGCGUGGAGCUACUGUCAUGAGAAGAUUAGUAUAAAGAAGACGGAGUCCUAAAAAGUUUCAACGGUUUUACGAUUCCAGAUCUUCUCGUAAUACCAAUGACACUGAGUAUCUCUGCCAACAUUGAAGAUUCGUUGUUCAAUAUGGCCCCCUCACCCGAAAUCCGCCCAGCGUCCUCUGCAGAUAUCCCUACUAUCUUAAGCUUAACCCGUGCUGGCGCAGAGGAGCAAGCCCAUGGAACCGUCGUCACUGCAACGGAAGAGCGCCUCGCGAAGACACUCCACUUGUCAGACAUCAAGGACUCUCCCGAGUACCGUAUCGGACAUCCCAUUGUGGCCUUCUCGCCAGAUGGGAAGCCCGCUGGACUAUUGAUCUAUUUCUUCAACUAUACAACAUGGGGAGCCGCUCCUGGAGUUUGCAUGGAGGAGAUUUAUGUCGUCCCAGAAUACCGACCUCACGGCUACGCGCUGAAGCUGGUCGAAGCUAUGACAUCAGCGGCUAAGGAAGCGGGUUGCGUAAAGAUGGAAUGGCUCUGCCUAAAGGAUAACGCGAGGGCGCUGAGAUUCUACGGGAAGCUUGGGGCUAAGCGAAUGGAGGAUUGGACGGUGCUGAAGGUUGAUGAGGCUGGAAUAGAUCGUUUGCUAUAGUGGCC